AUGGCCUUUACGCUGCGGCCGCUCUGCCGCGACGCUGGCCGAUGGAACCCGCCGCGCACUGGCAUCCCCCCCUGCGGCAGGAUCCAGAGCCCAGUCAGCCGCUAUCGUUUGACCCUUUCCCCUCUGGGCCGCGGAGCGCUGGCUGCGGCCACGGCGGCCACGGCGGCCACGGCCAGGAGGUGCUCGAGAACUACAGGGGCGACGAGCAGCCGCUUUCCCCACGCGGUGGAAGUGGAGAUUCACGUGGCUCCAAGCUGCAGCCUGCGUCUCAUUGAAGCGUCUGUGGAUUGGCAGGAGACGUUGAUCGAAGAAGCCUGCAACGAGGAGGAUGAAACAUGUGUGGAAGCCGACCCGUAUGGCAUGGCAGUUUGGCCGGCGGCACAGGUCCUGGCACAGGCUGCCGCGGCCUACGGUCUCCGGGCUCAAGGUUCCGGAGAACGCUUGCGAGCCCUUGAGCUUGGCUGUGGCUGCGGCUUGGCCUCCCUUGCGCUGCUAAGUCUGGACAUGGAGGUGGUCGCAACAGACUUCCGAGAACUUCCUCUGCAGCUGCUUCAGGAGUCGGCCGCGCGACUCGGAGUGGCGGAGCGCUUGGAGACCCAGCUUCUGGACCUUCGCGAUCAUGGCCAACCGUUGCCGAAGGCCCAGGCAGACAUUGUCCUAGCCUCUGACGUCCUCUACGAGAAGCAAACAGCCGAGGCCAUGGCGCAGCGUGUGGUUGAAGCGCGGCAGCAGAACUGUGCAGUUCUGAUCAGUGAUAUCGGAAGGCCGAAUCGGAAGGUCUUUAUCGAGAAGCUCGCCGGCCUGAGGCCGGAAGAAAGCAGCGAGUUCGCCAGCAGCGGCACUGCCGUCCAAAGAGUUGGCGGCACCGAAGCUGGCAGAACAAAGGUGGAGCUUUUGGAGCUGCCGGCAAAUGGUCCAGCCAGUGAAGCGUUGGCUCAAUGGCCACCAGCUGUUCUGAGCCGGCCGAGCAACCACGGGCAUGUGCUUUAG